CGGUGGCAAGCCGCUGAUUGUUGACUUAAGCGCAUCUGCAAGUCAAAUGAUUUUGUUCAAAUAUGAGAGACUCAUGAAAGUGAGAUGUCCAGUUGGAUGUCUGGAGUCUCUGUUGAUACUCGCUGAACAUUUCACAGCAAGGAGGCACAAUGUUGCAUCAGAACAGAAUUCUGAAGAGCAUCCUCUCUGGACGCUUCCUCCCCUUGGUUGUCCUCGUCUUCUUCAGCAGCACUGUGGCUGGACUGGGAUCUGUGGUGUGGAGACAAUACUAUCACAUCAGAUUGCAUUACACCUGGGAAGAAGCUCAAAGCUACUGCAGACUUCACCACAAUGACUUGGUCACCAUCUACACUGAGGCAGAGAGUGACGGUUUUCGCUUGGAUUCCUAUGAGGCUUGGAUCGGUCUAUACAGAUAUCAGGGCUUGUCUUCUUCUCGGCCCUGGUACUGGUCUCAUGGCGGAAACUACAGCUAUUAUGAAACAAAGUGGGCGCACUAUGAGUCACAAUACAGUGGGGAUUGUGCUCAUGUCUCUUAUAGCAACAAAAGGGUUUAUGGCUCAGAUUGCAGAACUUAUUACUUCUUCAUCUGCCACGAGUACCAUGGGCUCAAUUUAGAGCAUUUAAGGUACAAAUUUAUACCUCAGUCGAAGACGUGGUCUGAAGCCCAGCAGUACUGCAGGGAUAAGUAUGAUGAUCUGGCAUAUAUCACCUACUUUGCCCCUGUCGAGGAGGAGGACUUUCCGGUCUGGAUUGGACUGCACAGAGAUGGGGAAACAUGGAAGUGGAGCACGGGCAUGUCGAACUAUGAAAAAUGGACAUCAGGUGAGCCGGGGGAAGACAAUGACUGCGUCACCAUAUCCUCCCUCUCUAAAAACAUGGACACCAGAAAUUGCUCCGACCGUUUCCCCUUCAUCUGCAUCAAGGACAACCUGCUGCUAGUAAAGGAGAACAAGACCUGGGAGGAGGCGCUGGACCACUGCCGAGGCCUCACUCCACCCACCCACUACACUCGCUAUGACCUGGUCAGCGUGCAGCUUGGAGCGGAGUACGACUACGUGAUGCGGAAGAUCAUGGAGGCCGACACGGAGGAGGUGUGGACAGGUCUGCGGUUUCUGGCCGGUCACUGGCUGUGGGUGAACGGGGCAGACAUGAUGUACCCCGACUUGCCCCUUUGCCCCGUCGACUUUCAGCAUUGUGGAUCCAUGUCCAAGAACAACAACACGGAAGGUUUUCAGACCAGAGACUGCACGGAGACGAGGAACUUUCUGUGCUACAGAAAGAACUGAUAUACUUCACCAACUGUUUUUUCACGUUGCUUCUUUAGAUGCUGAACAUAAACUGCGAAAAGGCUUUUGAAUUAUUAAUAAUCUCUAACACAAGCUAAUUCUAUAAUUACCAAAGACUUUAACUCAUGUAUCAGCCAAGUGAAAUAUGUGCACCAUUUUAUUCCGAGAAAUUAAAAUCAGUUGUAAGCUAUUAGGUAAUCAUCUAUUUAUGUUAUUCAUCUAUUAAUCAUCUGUUUAUAAUUAGCUGCUCUAGUGUGCAACAAAAACAUAGUCAAGUUAAAGGGAGAACAAGCCUCUAGGAUGUGGAGGUUUUAUUAAUCACUGUCAUGUUUUAAAUAUGCUGUAAUUCUGGUUUCUCUUUGAGAAAGAAGCAUUCUGGAAAAAUUGUCACUAUUUCCUCCAAUGAAGUGAAAUAAAUCAACAAUCCG